AUGAACAUCCGGCGUAAACACUCAGCUAUCAUAACCACGGAAGAGAUAGUUAAAGCAGUGCGUAUUUACAUUAUUGCCGCCACUGCCGUCAAGCCAACGCUCAAGGGAGAUAGUAAGUUAGAUAUGCCAAGUAAGCCUACAAUACAAUGUCUCAAUACUAUCAUAGGCCUAUACUUAAGUGCAGGGUUGAGCUCCCUGACCACACCUCUGCUUAUUCCGCCGCAGAGUUCCGCUUCCCCGGUGUUGCACAACAUCUUAGUGUUCCACAUUGCUCCCGGUACAGGCUGGAUGGCGCAGCCAUGGGAGCAACAGGCGGAUAGUCACUACGCCUGGGGGAGCAUGAGGGAGAGAAAGAAAGAAAGAGUACCUAAAUGA